AUGCUUAGCCAUCUUCGCCGAGGACAUAAUUAUGAAUUUAAUGAAGCUUCAAAGCCUAUGAAUCCAAUGAAUGGUAAUGCAGAACGUUGGAAAUCAUCAGGUAACAGUUUAUUGAACCGAGUUAAUUCAUCUUUUUUAUCAAAUAAUUUAUUAUCUGAGGUUUAUACACCACGUUCAAAUGUAACUGCACAUAAUCCUGAUUUAUCACGAGCAGCUCGUUUCGAUGCUUAUUUAUUAGCUAUUGUACGAAUUGAAGAUAAACGAAAUGCUUUUUAUUCGGCUGAAGUUGUUGGUAAAUUACGUCAUAAAGAACAAACACAAAGUUUUAUUAAUAAACCAUGUUCGUUAUUUGUUACUGAUCGUUCACUUAUUAUAUUCGAUCGAGCAUCACAAGUUAUUGCUGAAACUAUUCCACUUGAAAAUGUCGAUCCAACAUGUGUACAUGCUGAUGUACCUGAUACACUUAAUGAUAUAUUCAUGUAUCGUUUACUUGAUCGACAUUUAGCAACAACAGCUAGUUAUGGUAGUAGUACGAAUACCAAUGAUUCAUCAUCUGUUAUUGUGUUUAAAUGUUCAAAUAAUGAAGCAAAAAUACUUGUUGAUAGUAUUCGAACUUCUACUGGUAAACCAUUAAAAAAUCAGAAAAGUACUUACACAGAUACACGUAAUGUGGUUGAACGUCGUCCUACUGAUAUUUAUUAUCCUAGUCCAACUAGUUUAAAUCCACCAAUCAGAAUGGAACCAUCACAAAUUAAUAAUCCAUCACAUGUAGUGAGUAAUCAGCAAACACGAACUGUCGUAACUCAACAAUCAACAUCAGCUGCAACAGAUUAUUAUAAACGUUUAACAGAAGAAUUAAAUAAAUGUUUUGAUGAUAUUGAAUUAUUUGUACGUUAUCUUGAAGCAUUAACGGAAUAUACCAAAGAAUUAGAACGUGAUCAUCGACGAAAAGAUAAAAAAUCAGCUGCAGGUUUAAAACAAAUGGUUGAAAAACUUCCAGAUGAUCCUUAUUUUAAUGAUAUAUUACAAAAAUUUAAACAUUCAUUUAAUUUAUUAGGUGAACUCAAACACAUAAUACACAAUCCAAAUGCACCUGAAUUAAUACAUUAUUUAUUAUCACCUUUACAAUUUAUUUUAUAUACAUUACGUACAAAACAUCCACAUCAAUUAAAAAUUGCACAAGAAAUAUGGAUGCCAGGUUUAACCAAAGAAGCAAAAGAAUUAUUAUUAAACUGUUUAACAUCCAAAGAACAUGAAAUUUUACGUAAUCUUGGUCCAGCAUGGAUGCGAACAAAUGAUGAUUUAACACCAAAAUUUUCUGAUUAUCGACCAGUAUUUUUUGAAGGUCAAGCUGUAUGGGUUCAAAAUGCAUCAAUUCCACAUCCUCAAUCAAUACCAUUACAACCAACACAUAAUACUGAUCAAACAAGAGUUACUCAUCCUUUUACUAGAUUCGACGAACCACAACAAUUUGCUUCAGCUACUGCUCGCUCAUCGAAUCAGAAUAAUAAUAAUAAUGGUUUAUCAACAAAUUAUAAUACAAAAUUAGUUCAACAACCUUCACCAAUUGUUGGACAUUUUGAUACAUCAACUGUUGAUCGUUCAACUAAAAAUACUAUGUUAGAAAAUUAUAAUUCUCAAAUGCAAAAUGAACAUGCUUGGGCUAUUGAUCGAAAACGAGCUGGAGCAAAAAUUUGUGCUGUCAAAAUGGAUCGUAAAGGACACAAUAAUAAAGAAUUAACUGUACGUCGUGGUGAAUUAAUUGAAAUUGAAGAUAGUUCAAAGAAAUGGUGGCGUGCAAGAAAUUUUUAUGGUGAUAUUGGUCAUGUACCAAAUAAUAUUGUUGAAGAAAUUGAAAUAGAACAUCGACCACUUGGAAUAUCACCAUCGAUGCCAUCUGGUACAAAUUUACAUCAUUCUUUAACAACUACAAAUAGUCGUUUACGUAAUAAUUAA